AUGCCGUUCGAAAUAGAGGAAACCGAUGGUAUAAUUGGAUGUUUACCAAAUGUAGCGGAUCCUAUACACGUUCAAGAGCUUCAAAAUAUUGUAAACUGUUUGCCACGAAUAUUUGAAAUUCCUCCAGUGAAUCAAAAUGCGGUAGAAAUAUCGUUUUUGAAAUAUUGCCGCCUUCUUCAUUUAUAUCAAGAGCAACCGAACCUUCUCGAUGGAUUAAUACCAAAGUUAAUCGAUCAACUAAUCGGAUACGUAAAAUUAUUAAAUAAUGAUGUUGAAUUCCUCGAUGAUCUGUCUCGAGAAGCAUUAAAAUAUAUUGCCGAAUUGUGCAUAGUUCGCGGUCGAAAAACCAUUGUGAGACUUUUACCGCACCAUGUUUCCCUUCUGGAGAAGAUUUUGAAAACAUUGGAAGCUUAUCCAAUGGAUAAACACUCGGAUCACGCUCAACGCAAUAUUCUUCUGCUUUGGCUCUGGAUUGUUGUGAGGAAUCCAUUCGAUUUACGAAGGUUUGAUCCCUCUGGUGAUCCGAAUAAUGUAAUUUCGCGAAUAAUGGGAAUUGCGAUGAAUUAUAUGUCCUGGGAUUGGAAUACUAGCCAGUACUCCGCAUCCCUUGUUAUUGCCCAAUGUUUAUCACGAGCCGACGGAAUUCCAAAAAUUCCAGAAAUCUUAGAUAAGCUUCUCUGUGAUAUCAAAGAGCAUGAAACUAACCAAAAACUUCUCCUCGCUGAUUUAUUACUUCUUUUAGCUAUUUUGAAACAUGUCGAUCGUUCUGCUUUAGUUGGGCAAUUGCAAAGGAUACAUGAAAAGAUUGAGUUUCUCUAUCCGAUUGAUGAAUCUCGACGAGGUUUAAUAUGUAAAUGUCUCGUGAAAGUCGCUCAAAGAUUGGGAUUAAUUGCGAUGAAGCCGAGAAAAUGCACGUGGAGCUAUAGAAGAGGAAAACGCCUUCUCGACGGAUUGUUCAAGGAAAAUGAAGAGAAGAUGGAAGUUGAUAUGAAUGAAAACGACGAUUGGGGAAACGAAGGAGAUUUGGAUAACUCAGAAAUUGUGGAAUGGGCUUUGUCACAUGUUUUAAGUGCAUUAUGCAAUUAUGAUACUGCCACACGAUGGUCUGCGGCUAAAGGAGUUGGUCGAAUUACAUCAAGGCUACCGAGUGCUGAAUUUGCAUCACAAGUUGUUGAAUCGAUUAUCGGAAAUCAUUUUGGUGAAGUUGGUGUAUAUUCGUCAUCGCAUAGCCAUGGUGGUUGCUUGGCACUUGCCGAACUCGCAAGACGCGGUGUUUUGCUGCCGAAUCUUCUCGACACGGUUAUACCAGUAAUGGAGAAAGCGUUGAACUUUGAAGAUCCGAUGGGAAUUCAUCAGAAUGGAAAUCAGGUUCGGGAUGCGGCGUGUUAUACAAUUUGGGCGUUCGCGAGAACAUAUGAACCUUCAGUAAUGGCUCCAUUCUUGCAAAGGUUAUCAAAUGCUUUGAUUUGCUGCGCCAUAUUCGAUCGAGAAGUUAAUCUUCGUCGUGCCGCUUCGGCUGCGUUUCAGGAAACUGCUGGAAGGCAGAAAAACGUUAUGAAUGCUAUUGAUCUGCUGACAACUGUUGACUAUUUUGCGGUUAGCAAUCGUCAGCGUUGUUAUGAGGAAAUUAGUGUAAUUGUCGCUCGGUUUCCGGCCUAUACUCGAAGUAUUUUGGAGCAUUUGGUUGAGAAAAAGAUAAACCAUUGGGAUGAAAAAAUUCGCGAGCAAGCUGGUGUGGCUCUUGAGAAAAUCAGCAGUAUAAAUAUUGAAGGAACGUAUGAUUCGUACUAUAUCGACAUUAUUGAUAAAAGUACAGGAAAAGUCAACGAAACGGACCAAAAUGCGCUUUCUAAUCAUAGUCACCUUCUUACAAUUGGACAUUUGGUUAAAGGAUUGACGGCUAGAAAUGUUGAAAUUCCAGAAAAGAUUGUCCAACGGAUAUGUGGUAUUCCGAUAAAUCUGAAACCAAUUUGUGAUCGUCUAUCGCAUUCUGGUGCCUUAAUGAGAAAAGCCGUUUGUCAGAUGAUGGGAUUGUUCUCGAAUGCCCGCGGUGUUCACUUUGUCGAACCUCAAUUGAAAGAAGCUUGGGUUGAGCGGUUCUUUACAUUUUUAAAAGAUACUAAUGAGAUCACUAGAAAUCUUGCGAAGAGUGCUGCCUAUUCGUUUAUUCGAGCACAUUUGAUGAAUGAGGAUGCAAUCAUUGAAAGACUCAAAGAUUCAUGCAAAAAGGGGAUGUCUCAACCAGCUGACGAAAACGAGCGCAUCGGAAGCUGCAUGAUGUCGGAAGUGAUUCCGAGUGACAUUGUCGGAGAACAGCUUUAUGAAGACUUGUCUCGAAUUAUUCAAGAUUGGAAGACGAAUUUCACAAAGUGGGCAGUUGCUAGGCAACAUUCCGUUGUUGCUCUUAAUCGUAUCACAGCGGGAAUGUCGCCAGAAGAGUUGAACGAAGUUGCACCAAAUUAUUUUAACACUCUUAAAGAAGCGAUGAGUGACUAUACGAUUAGUGCGAAUGGCGAUAUUGGACGAUAUGUUCGUGAAGCUAGCAUGAUCGCGAUGACCGAUAUUCUUGUUUCGGAUAAGCUCGACGAGAAGAUAUUGGACGAAAGGGUGUUGGAUUGUGCGAAUUUGAUGAUUAUCCAGAGCGCGGAACGAAUAGCAAGAACUCGAGAAUGCGCUGCGAGAUGUAUAUUGAGGUUGAUUGAAAAUGAGAAGACGAGCAAGAGGCUUGCCCAUACCUCUAUUCUUCGUGAAAUCUACGAAAAUCCACAGGAUUUCAUUUUGGAUAAAACUGUGAUGUCGUUGAAGCGUCUUCUUGAAGCUGGAUAUGAUUACUAUAAUGGAAUUAUAUUUGGAUUGGUGUUAUCGGCUGGAGCGAUUGGUGAAGGAACGCAGAAAACCGCAAAACAAGUCCUAUUGGAUCACCAGAUUAUGGUGAAUUCAGAUAAAGAUCGACUUGAUCGAUUACUAAAUGCGUGUGCUGUUGGAUUUACUCAUGGACAGACGUCGAUACGUAUCGCCACCAGCUUCCUUCACGUCUUACCUCAGAUCCUUGGUCACUUGGGAGUGUAUGAAGAUAAUCCGGACAACUCGGAGCACGUGGUGCAGCUUGUCGAAGUUCUUAAAAAGAUCAGCGCCAAGUCCACGCAAAUCACACGCAAAAGACUGUCGAUUGAGGCUUUUGCGGAAUUGCUAAACUGCGGAAAACACAGCAAAAUCUACCGAGAAGCGAGACAAUGUAUUUUUGAUCAUUUGUCCAGUUCAGUUCCGGUUUUACGUAAAGCUGCUGCCGAGAAGCUCUAUGAGCAUUUAUGCUGCGCUGAGGAGAUCGACGAAGAGGUGCUCGAGCUUCUAUCGACGACCAACUGGCUUGAGUCGAACACUGAUUUCAAAAUGACCUCAAAGAUGUCUGCGGAUCCACGAGACAAACUCGUUAGCAAUAUUUAUGGCGUUAUUUUCGCCAAUUCCCAACUACAGGGAAUGUCAAUGAAUUCUCUUAAAAAGGAAUUUACAGAACUAACCGGUAAAAAUCUGGAAAGUGCUGUAAGUGAAUUCGGAAAAAGCUCAGUCGAGAGCUUUCUAGAAUGUUUUCCAAAUAAAUUUGUCCGAAAGGGCGGUUUUUGGGCUGUGAAACGGGACGAGGUUAUGGAUGAGCAGCUGAGAGAUAUGCAACAAUCGAAAAAACGUCAGCGUCGGCCCCACGCCAGAAUUUCUCGCGGACGAGUCUUGCAGUCUAUUCCUCGUGUUAAUCAACAGCAGGGUUAUAAUAGAUCCUCAUUUUCAAAUGGAUAUGGGGAGAAUCCAGCGAAUUUUCGAUCGCAGUACAUCAGAGGAAGGGGCGGUAAGUUUGGAUCCGCCUUUUCAUCGGUAAAACCUAAUCCUUCGGGAUUCCCAUUUGAUGUGGUAAAUCGGCCGUUUUGGAAAAGUUCUAAUAAGGACAAUAGUUCUCGGAACGACGACGAGUCUUCUUAUUCGCGAGAUAUCCGACGUGACGAUGAGUCGGAAAUAAGAAGACGUCUUAAUGAAUCGAAUGAUUCUUUCGAUAAUAAUGACCCAAGAAAUUCACCAAGAAUGUAUGAACGGGAUGAUGAUCGAUACCGAUUUCAUCGGACUAGACGAGAUUAUGAUGAAUAUGAAAGCUCCUCGCGUUAUGAGGAUGAUCGUAGAAGGGAAGAGGAGCGUCUAAGGGAAGAAGAUCGAAGACGGGAAGAGGAGCGACGAAGCGAAUAUGUGCAAUGGAAUGACGUGAGACCAAGAAGCUCAUCUUACCGUGACGUUUCACCGGAAAAUUCGUCAUAUCGUGGUUCAUAUCGUGAAACUGCACAUGUAAAACGUGAAAACGUUGUACAAUAUGACGACGAGCCGCUUACAGUAUCGUCAUGCAAUACCACGAUGACAGAUGAUUCUGCUGAUUCCUUAUCUAAACGAUUUGGCGCGAUGCCAGCGGAGCCGCCGAAACAGCGAACAACGGCGGGAAAUCUGGCACGUGAGGUGAAUGCGAUCCUCUCGGGCCACAGCGGAGGUCCCAUGUACUUUGAUGAAAUCAUCAAAUUAUUGUCGAAAACGUUUUCGAAGAUGCCUAAACAUCAAAAAGAUAUUUUGAUGUUCUUCAAACGAAUCGAGGAAAAAUGCCCAAGUUUCGAUGUUGAUUACAACAAGGAAAUGAUUUCGCUGGUCAGAAAGCGUUCCGUAUCGCCGCCACCGGAAACGUCGCGAUCCGCUGAUCACGAUUUCCAGAAUGAUGAAAUUUACCAAGUGGUGAAAAAGGAGCUCGAUGUGCAUAUCGCAGAUCGUAUUGCAAUGCAAGAUUUAUUGCGAAUUAUUCGAGUGCCGCCUACACCUCACUUAAUCGAGAUUGUAGCUACAGUAGUUUGUGAUAGCAGAAAAUUUGAAUUGUCAAGUCUAAAAAACUUGGAGAAUGCAAUAAUUUUCCGAAAAAAAGGCGAUUAUCAUGGAAUUGUAGUUAAUCCGGCUAGCAUCGAGGUUCCUGACCGUCCUUUGAUGUAUUCUGAGCCAACUUGCCAUCGGUUGACUAGGAAAAACUUUGGUCUUCCUGAUACAGCUUUUGAGGUAAGCAGGGUAACCAAAAUCACGGAAUUGGCGCUUCCAUUCUAUGUUCGCCUUAAGUCAGAUCUAGACACAUUUUCCGAAAUGCAUUCGGCAAUUAAAUCCUACUGCUCUAAUUUCUGCCGAACUCGGGUUGAGCGUUUCCCAUUCAGUGUUUGGAAAAUUGGGCACGCGUGUCUGGUUCCAGUGACCAUCGGCGAUGAAAGUUUCCCAUCGUAUCGUCGUGCGGUUGUCGUGAAAAUUGACAAUUGCGACACACUCGUUGUUGUCAGACUCAUUGAUUUUGGCGAACUUCGAGGGUAUGAUCCGGAUAAGAUUAUUCCGAUUCCGGAGAAAUUCACGAGCAUUCCCUGUUUGGCUGUCAAACUCAGAUUGGAGCUGUUUGAAGUUAUCGACGAUGAGUUUGAACAGUUCCAUGAUAAUUAUGUGAAAACUCUUCAAGCACCGGGAAAGAAGUUCACUUUCAAGCCAUUAGAUUGGAUUAGAGGGCAUGACGAGGAAAAUCUGCUCAUGGUCAAGUUCUUCAUCGAUUCGCAUAUGGGAACUGAUGUAUUACGAACGUUGCGAAAGGAAGGACUAAUUACCUAUAUUGACUGA